AUGGCACCCACACACCCUCCUCACCAUGGUAGCAUCCCGAGCAAACCUAAAUCCAACACCAUGGAUGUGCCGCUUUCGCCCAACCCUGCCCGCAACCCGUGGCUCAAGCCGGGCCAAGGCAAGUACGACAAGGACUUUCUGCUGUCCCUCCAGUGUGUCUUCACGCGGCCGCCGGCGGAGUUGGUCGACAACCUCCGCCAUGCCGGCGUUACGCGCCCGCUCGCAACCCCGCCGAGGCGCGUCGUACCUUCCAUCGGAGUCACUCCUCCGGCUGAAGACGAGCGUGAGAAGACAACGCCUAGCGAAGCCGCAAAGCAGAUCAGAAAGGAUAGCAUCGCUUUCGUCCGCAAGCGCACCGAUGUGAGGCUCAACACGAAGGAAGCUGAGGUGCAGCACCAGCAGCAGGAUCUGGACCGCCAGAAGGCGGAGCUCGAUCAGCAGAAGCGGGCCUUGGAUGAAGAGAGGGUUCAGCUCCACAACCACUGCACCAACCUGCAGAACCGUCUGGAGGAGAGGUUCCAACAGCUCCACGUCGAAGCCGAACAAGUUGAGCGGGCCAGGCUGGAGAACACGGCCCAGACCUUGAUGGACAAGGCGCAGCUUGAGAAAGACAGGAAGGUCUGCAAUGACCUCCAUAUUGAAGCCUGGAUGUCCAAAGCCAAGUCGGAGCAGACGAAGAAAAACACGCUUGCGACUGCCCGGAGGGUGCUUGCUUUCUUCCAGGUCAGGGACGAUCUCUCGGGGGAACUCAGUCAGCGAGCCUUGGCCAUGCUCGAAGCCGAGGUCAGGGCGUUGGAGGAGCAAGACCAAGACCACAACUUUUCCUCGGGUGCCCAGCACGGCUGUGGAUCUCAGAACGAGCUGCAGUCGCUGCUCACAGGCAACCUCGCAGUCCCCCGCGAUGACUUGAACCGUCUGGUCCUUAUCACUGGAAUUCCUCUCGGCAUUGCGAAAGACGAAGUUGCCCGCGCCGUGGGUGCCGUUUCUGGAGGCACUAUCCGUGUCUACUCGGUGCUUCCUGGCUCUCCGACUAUGAUGGCUCUGGCUUACAUUGUGGGCUAUCCAAACAACUUCUUCGCGGGCAACUUCUACGUCAUGAAGGAUGGCGAGAUUCAACCCGUCGGCAAAGUGCGCCUGCAUUUCAGACUUCUCAACCUUUGA